CUCUUUUUUUUUGUUUCGUUUCAGAACAAAACAAAAUUAAUCCCAUCUUGCUCGUGCACCCAAAUCUCUUUUGCUUUCACUUCUCGUUCAUUAUCGAGCUCUCUCUGUUUACAACCCUUCUUUCUAUGAGAAGGAUACGUGUACGGGGUUAUUGAGUUGAAAUUGGAAAACGAAGAGAAGGGUGGGAAUCCAAGGAGGAAAAAAGAGAAAGAGAGAUGGCGAAUCAGGUCGUCAAAGUGAAGAGAGAAGCGAUUGCGGCAUGCAUGACUUGCCCUCUUUGCAAUAAGCUUCUUAGAGAUGCCACCACCAUAUCUGAAUGUCUUCAUACAUUUUGCAGAAAGUGCAUAUAUGAUAAGAUAGAAGAGGAAGAACUAGAAUGCUGUCCAAUAUGCAACAUCGAUUUGGGUUGUGUUCCUCUGGAGAAAUUAAGACCAGACCAUAAUUUGCAAGAUGUGAGGGCUAAAAUCUUCCCUCUUAAAAGAAGAAAAGUUAAGACACCUGAAGUUGUGCCCCCAGUUACAAUGCCAGCUAGAAGAAAGGAGAGAUCACUCUCUUCAUUGGUGGUUAAUGCCCCCAAAGUGUUGUCACAUACGGCCAUGACUGGAAGGAGAACAAAAGCUUUUACUAGAAAGGCUGGUGCUUUACGACAUUCCACCUUUUCGAUUGAGAAGCCUGUUAAAAAAGAUGAAGACUCUAUGGAGGAUAACCAGGAGAGUGCGAGCUCACCUGAAACGCUAAAUAAAUUCACUCAGAAUAAAAGACAGUGUACUUCUUCUGCUGAACAUAUCCAACACAUGAAUAAAGAAGCAGAGAAUGGAGGUGAAGCAUGGGAUGGGAAACUGGACCUCUGGAAACCUUUGACUUGUUUGGUGGAGGUUGCCAAUCGGACCAAGUCCUUCAAGUCCAAUUCUCAAGGCUCUGAUUCUAAAUUAGAACCUACUCGUGUCCCCAACAUUGAAGCUCAAAUGUGCAAAAGCAAACAUAGAGAAGACAAAUGCAAAACAAAAGUUGAGGAUGAAAAGUCAAAUGCUGGUCCAGCAACUUCAGAAUCUGUUACACCUAAGAAGCUGCGCAGGAUCAAUCGAAAAAGGGCUUCUGGAUAUGGAGAUUCUGGCAUUUCUCCUCAGGCAGUGCUAGAUGCUGCUGGUCCAAAGCAUGAAAGAAGAAUUGGUCCUGUUUGGUUCUCAUUAGUGGCCUCUGAGGACCAGGAAGGAGAUGCACGCCUCCCGCAAAUUUCUGCAAAUUACCUGAGGAUAAAGGACGGAAAUAUGCCUGUUUCUUUUAUUAAAAAAUAUCUGAAGAAGAAACUGAACCUCACUGAUGAAGCUGAGGUUGAGAUCAAAUGCAUGGGACAACCUGUAGUUCCCACAUUGCAGUUGUAUAAUUUAGUCGAUCUGUGGCUACAAACAACAGCAACAUCACAGCGGGUACCGGCAACCCUCGGUUCAUCCGCAAAGGAAUUCGUCAUGGUGUUGGCAUAUUCACGAAAAGUUCAAGAUGAGUAAUAACGCUCUCUGUAUCUCAUUCUUUUCCCCACCACAAUCAAUAAAUCUCUUUAUACAUUGGAGUUUCAUUGUUGAUAAGAGUUAGGACAUUUUGAUCC